AUGACCAACAUUCGAAAAACCCACCCACUAGCUAAAAUCAUCAACAACACAUUUAUCGACUUACCCACACCAUCAAACAUCUCGGCGUGAUGGAACUUCGGAUCCCUGCUCGCUACUUGCUUAAUUCUACAAAUCCUAACGGGCCUAUUUCUAGCCAUACACUAUACUUCAGACACCACCACAGCUUUCUCAUCAAUCACACAUAUCUGCCGAGAUGUCAACUAUGGUUGAAUCAUUCGAUAUAUACACGCAAAUGGAGCUUCUAUAUUUUUCAUCUGCCUCUAUGCACACAUAGGGCGGGGAAUCUACUACGGCUCCUACACCCUCGCAGAAACAUGGAACAUCGGUAUCGUAUUAUUACUCACUAUUAUAGCCACAGCAUUUAUAGGCUAUGUAUUACCAUGAGGACAAAUAUCCUUCUGAGGAGCAACCGUCAUCACCAACCUUCUGUCAGCAAUUCCCUAUGUAGGGACUGACUUGGUCGAAUGAGUCUGAGGGGGGUUUUCAGUUGAUAAAGCAACCCUAACACGAUUCCUCGCCCUCCACUUCGUUCUUCCAUUCAUGGCAUUAGCACUAACAGCAGUACACCUACUAUUUCUCCACGAAACAGGAUCUAACAACCCUUCGGGAAUCCUAUCUGACUCAGACAAAAUCCCAUUUCACCCGUACUACACAAUUAAAGAUAUCCUAGGGCUCAUCAUUCUAAUCCUAAUCCUAAUACUACUAGUACUAUUCUCACCAGAUUUACUGGGAGACCCGGACAAUUACACCCCAGCCAACCCUCUCAGCACCCCACCCCAUAUCAAACCCGAAUGAUAUUUCCUAUUCGCCUACGCUAUCCUCCGAUCUAUUCCCAACAAACUCGGGGGAGUACUAGCUCUACUCCUAUCCAUCCUAGUCCUGGCUAUUGUUCCGUCUCUCCACACAUCGAAACAACGGAGCAUAAUAUUCCGACCAAUUAGUCAAUGCCUGUUCUGACUACUAGUAGCUGACCUCAUCACAUUAACAUGAAUCGGAGGACAACCAGUCGAACACCCAUUCAUCAUCAUCGGCCAACUAGCCUCAAUUCUAUACUUUAUAAUUCUACUAGUAUUUAUGCCUAUUGCCGGUAUAAUCGAAAACAGUAUCUUGAAGUGAAGA